CCUUGCCAUGCCAAGAUUUUUUUUCCCCUUUCCUUCCUCAGACCUCCCCUGAGCAAGAUGUCCCACCCUUGAGCAAGUCAAGGAACCAUCUAGGCUCAGUAAGCUGUACCCUCAGGCAGUUUCACAGAAGGGCCUCCAGUCUCUAGCUGGCAGCUGCUAGGACCAAGGGGGCUGGCACCAGGCCCUGCCCCUCCCUUUCUAGCUGUGUGUGUCUCCAAAGGGAAGCAUCAGAGUGACAGCCGGUACCAUCUCCACAGAGGCUGAGCUGCUGGAGCUGGGCUAGGGCAGGGGGAGAAAGCCGAGCCAAGCUCAGCCUUGCAUCCACCCGUAGGGCCCACUAAACCUCAUAAGAAGAUGGCAGCCUGGGCAUCGGAGUCACCUCCUGGGCAGCCUACGAGGUGAGGGGCCCUGAGGAGCAUGGGACAGGUGAUGGGAAUCUUGGAGUCGGAGGCUCCAUUUCGCUCUCCCCAGUGAAGCCUGAGCGCUCAGAUGGCCAGCAGCUCGGGUGCCACCGAACUCGCGGGCUCAGUGGGGUUUAUCCUGGCGGUUCUCGUAGAGGUGGGGGCCGUGCUGGGCAACGGCGCGCUGCUCGUGGUGGUGCUGCGCACGCCGGGGCUGCAAGAUGCCUUCUACCUGGCGCACCUGUGCGUUGUAGACCUGCUUGCGGCCGCCUCCAUCAUGCCUCUGGGCCUGCUAGCCGCGCCGCCCGGGCUGGGCAGUAUGCCCCUGGACCCUUCCUCGUGCCGGGCGGCGCGAUUUCUCUCGGCCGCGCUGCUUCCAGCCUGCACGCUCGGCGUGGCCGCGCUCGGCCUGGCGCGCUACCGCCUCAUAGUCCACCCGCUGCGGCCAGGCGCGCGGCCGGCGCCGGCGCUGGUGCUCACCGCGGUGUGGUCGGCGGCCGCGCUCCUGGGCGCGCUCUCCUUGCUCGGGCCACCCCCCGCGCCACCUCCGGCUCCCGCUCGUUGCUCGGUCCUGGCCGGGGGUCUCGGGCCCUUCCGGCCACUCUGGGCGCUGCUGGCCUUCGCGCUGCCCGCCCUCCUGCUGCUGGCCGCCUACGGUAGCAUCUUCCUGGUGGCGCGGCGAGCCGCCCUGCGGCCCCCGCGCGGAACCAGGCUCCGCUCUGACUCUCUGGACAGCCGCCUCUCCUUCUUGCCAUCCCUCCGGCCACGUCUGCCCGGGGGCAAGGCGGCCCUAGCCCCAGCCCUGGCAGUGGGCCAGUUUGCAGCCUGCUGGCUGCCUUAUGGCUGCGCGUGCUUGGCGCCCGCAGCGCGCGCCGCAGCGGCGGAGGCGGCUGUCACCUGGGUAGCCUACUCCGCCUUCGCGGCUCAUCCCUUCCUCUACGGCCUGCUGCAGCGCCCAGUGCGCUUGGCGCUGGGCCGCCUCACCCGCCGAGCGCUGGCUCGGCCCCCGAAAACCUGCCCGCCGCAGGCCUGGCACCCUCGGACACUCAUUCAGCGCCUCCAAGGACUCCGCAAGGACCCUUCCCUAGGCCCUUCGGAGGCACCAGAACAGCCCGGAGAAUUCGCAGGACAGAGCUCGAGUGUAUCAGAGGCCACCUGAGAGAUUUCUCCCAAAUUGGGGAACGGAGGUUGGGAUCAGUGGGGCACAUCUAUCCCCUACUCAAGUUGUGGCAAGUACUCUGCCGGGACUGCUGGCUCUGAAACAGGAGAGAGUGUGGUACUCAG